GCGGCCCAGCGAUCCCCAAGAUCAGUCGCAGUUAGUCCGUCAACCUCGUCGCGUCUCUGCCAUCCGCCAUACUCGUGAGCCCCAUUCGAAACUCCCAUUCCCGAGAUCUGCGUGGGCGCCAAGCAGCUGCAAGAACAAAUCGUGAUAGUGGGUCACAUAGAGUUCUGUGAGCAGCGGAUGACUUAGUUCAAUACGAGAUUUCAGUCGAGUGCCGCCCAAAAAUGAGUGAAAGUUCCAGCUCCAGUUGCUCGAAGGAUCGUGCCAAGCCGGUGGAAACCCUGGUUCUGGCCAACUAUGCUCUGAAAGCCGAGCAGAAGAAGGCCCAGGGACAAGGUGGUCGAAAGGAGGACGAGCGCAUCACCACGGCGGUGAUGAAGGUCCUCGAGGGCUACGACUGGAACCUAGUCCAGGCAUCGGCCAAGGCGCCCACGGACCGCAAAAAGGAGCACAUCAAGCGCCCCAUGAACGCCUUUAUGGUUUGGGCCCAGGCAGCCCGCAGGGUCAUGUCCAAGCAGUAUCCGCAUUUGCAGAACUCGGAGCUAAGCAAAUCGCUGGGCAAGCUGUGGAAAAACCUAAAGGACAGCGAUAAGAAGCCGUUCAUGGAGUUCGCCGAGAAGCUGCGAAUGACCCACAAGCAGGAGCAUCCGGACUACAAGUACCAGCCACGGCGCAAAAAGGCGCGGGCAAUGCCGAGCCAGCAAAGCGGGGAGGGGGAAUCUCCGGGUCCACAAAUGGCUUUGUCCGCCGCGGCGGGCAACUCGGGGAAGCCAAGGAGCAGCAAUUCCAAUGGCCAGAGGCGAACUGGAAAAUCAAAUGCAGCUGGUUUGGCUGGCUGCGCCUCCACCAUCUCCCACUCCAAUGUGGGCACAAGCUCCUCGGAUGUCUUCAGUAAUGAGGCCUUUAUGAAAUCCCUGAACAGUGCCUGUGCGGCCAGCUUGAUGGAGCAGGGCCUCAUCGAAACUGGCCUGGACUCUCCGUGCUCCACGGCCAGUUCCCUGUCCUCGCUGACGCCCCCGGCCACGCCCUACAAUGCAGCGCCCUCGGGUGCGAAAGCAGCGGCAGCAAAUAACCCCAGUCUCCUGCUAAGGCAACUAAGUGAGCCAGUGGGCAGUGCAGGCCAUGAUUAUGGAGUUCUGCUCGAGGCGGGCAGGGAAUAUGUGGACCUGGGUGAGGUCAACUAUCAGGGGCAAACGGCGGGCGUUCAGGGCGGAGCAGGCGGCGGAGCGGGCCAGGAGAUGGACUUCCUGGAGAACAUCAAUGGGUAUGGUGGCUACGAGGGCAGUCGGGUGAGCUACCCAGCCUACUCCUACCCCACAAAUGGGGGCCACUUCGCCGGCGAGGAGCAGCAGCAGCAGCAACAGCAGGCGUCACAGGCCACUGAAGCCUUAAAUUACAAGCCAGCAGCCGCCGACAUCGAUCCCAAGGAAAUUGACCAGUAUCUCAUGGAUCAAAUGCUGCCCAUGGCGCAGCACCACCAUCCGCACCACACGCACCCGCUGCACCACCCGCUGCAGCACCCACUGCACCACUCGCCGCCUUUGAACUCCUCCGCCUCGCUAUCCUCGGCCUGCUCCAGCGCCAGUUCGCAGCAGCCGGUGGCUGAGUACUACGAGCACUUGGGCUACUCCCCGGCCGCCUCCUCCGCCGGCCAGGUCCCCAACUUUGGCCCCCAGCAGCCGUACGGCAAUGGGGCGGCCUCCCUGACCCCCACUCUGGGUGACCCCGCACCGCAACAGGAGCUGCAGUCCCAGCAGCAGCAGGAGCAGCAACAGCAGCACCAGCAGCACCAGCAGCACCAGAAUCCAUCGCAGCAUCAUCUGUGGGGCACUUACACUUAUGUCAAUCCCUAAGCUACUUCAUUUGCACAUUUGUUGUCGGGCACAGAAAGAAAGUGGGCUUCGAAAUUCCCGAAAGAAAUAAUUCGUUUUGGUACUCAGUCAGAGAAUUCCAAUUGCAGAGUUAUCAAAAGUCAUUCCUAAAUGUUACCCAUUAGUUUUGACCGAUUUGGAAAACCCAAUUCCUUUUAUCUAAAUUUGUACCGCCUGCCGAAUAUUAUUUAAAUAUUUAUUUCCCACGUUGUUGUAAAUUAAUUUAAAAUAAAAGAGUGUCUUAUAAUACGUAUAUGAAAGUAUUUAGCCAACAUGCGUCGCACCUAAUUUCUCUCCGUGCACCUCCGCCCCCCUCACUUCCGUUUCCGCCCCUCUUUAUGGGUCACUUAGAUGGCUUUCGUUUAUUGGUUUAUUGUCUGUGCAAUGUCCGUGUGAGCGUGAGAUUGUGCAUGUGUGUGUUUUUGGCUCGAGGGUCUUU